UACACAUAGCACCACUUCCACCAACUUUUUAGUUGGUUACCAUUCCAUUCGUAUUCGUAUGGUCUACACAUGUGAGAAUUUUAGAACAUAAUUAUUGUGUUUACCAAAUAACUAAAUUAAUUUUUGUGUCAACUCAUCAGACGAGAGACACUUCUGACAACGCUAUUACGGCCAGAGUUUAUUAUUUUGAUUUCUUUUAGAGUGCGAUGAAGUUUUCUUUCCAGAUUUACUAAACUUUAGAGAGAGGAGUGUGUCGUUAAUAUCCCAUAAUUAUAUAAAUAUGAAGUUAUUCGUUAAACAGAUUACGGUGGCUCAAAAAUUGAGCAAAAAGUUUGUGUGAAAAAAUUGUAAAGUGCAAAAAAAUAAGAGUGUGCAAAAUAUGAAGUGACAAAGUGUGCUUUUUGAAGAAACGGGAAAAAUAAAAUGCCAGAAAAAGAGAUUGUGUUUAGUGAUCGACAUCAUCCACAUCAUCACCUGGGACAACUGCAUUAUCCUGGUGCAACGACGGGUACAUUACCAUCGUUACAUUUUCCAAAUGCUGCGGUGCCACACGCGGGUACACCAGGGAGUACACCCGUCGUGCCAAAUGGCACGCCACCAUCGGCAUUUGCCGCGUUCCAUCAUGCUCCAUUACCGGUAGAUCAACGGACACAUGAGGGACGUUAUGUGUGGGAUCCGCGAGUGCAAAGUACAGCGGCUGCGGCAGCGUUCCAUCAUGUUACAUCGGCUCAUGGGCUAGGUGGAGACCUGUUACAUUCACCCUAUCGAUUACCACCAUACAUGGAGCACCUGUAUUCGCUGCAGCAUGCCACUGCGGCUACAACAGCCGCUUCCAUACACGGACUUGGUCUAUCACCUGAGUACCUGAGUGCGCGAGGAUUAGCAGAUUUACAUCCUGCAUCUACAUUGGCCAGUACAGAAUUUCCAUUCAGUUUAGAUGGUUCUAGAUUAAAUAGUCCUAGACCGAAUAGUUUAAGACAAUCAAGAAAACGAGCGUUAUCAUCAUCUCCAUAUUCCGAUUCGUUUGAUAUUAAUUCUAUGAUUAGAUUUUCACCAAAUUCCUUAGCAUCAAUUGUGAAUGGUUCACGAUCUUCGAGUGCCAGUGGUUCCUACGGACAUUUAUCUGCUGGUGCAUUAAGUCCGGCAUUAGGUGUUCAUACAGCUGGUGCUCAUUUACAACAAUUACAAGCCCACUUAUUACGUGGUUUGGCUUUACCUCCAGCCCCACCUGCAUAUAGUAUACCGCAUCAUCCGUUACAUGCAAGCCAUGGUACCUCACCGCUAACAAAAUCCGAUUCCGAUAAUUUACGAAAGAAACAUGAAAGCAGUUCAAUGUUAACAUCAUUGGAUGUCGAUUCGACGGCAGCGAAUGGAGGUAGUCGUAAACCGUCACGUACCAAACGGGAUUCAGUACCUGUGAGUGUUUCGUCAACGUUCAUGCCAAGCAAUAACAAUACGGAAACCGGUGGCGAUACAACCGAUUUAAAAGAUGAACCUGCUGAUUUUAUUGAGACACAUUGUCAUUGGCGUGAUUGUGGUACGGAAUUUCCCACACAGGAUGAUUUAGUAAAGCAUAUUAAUAAUGACCAUAUUCAUGCAAAUAAAAAAUCAUUUAUCUGCCGUUGGGACGAUUGUUCUAGGGCGGAAAAACCAUUUAAGGCUCAAUAUAUGUUGGUAGUUCAUAUGCGACGACAUACGGGUGAAAAACCACAUAAAUGCACUUUUGAAGGAUGUUAUAAAGCUUAUUCACGCUUAGAAAAUUUAAAAACACAUUUACGAUCUCAUACUGGCGAAAAACCAUAUACCUGUGAAUAUCCUGGCUGUGCAAAAGCAUUCAGCAACGCAUCUGAUCGGGCAAAGCAUCAAAAUCGUACACAUAGUAACGAGAAACCGUACGUGUGUAAAGCUCCUGGUUGUACAAAACGGUAUACAGAUCCUAGUUCAUUACGUAAACAUGUAAAAACAGUUCAUGGUGCUGAAUUCUACGCAAAUAAGAAACAUAAAGGUGGAAAUUCAAGUGCUGAAGAUGGGUCAAGUGCACGGGGUGAAGCAAGUCCUCGUAGUGAUACAAAAACUGCAAGUCUUAGUAGUCCCAGUAUUAAAUCAGAGUCCGAUGCUAAUUCACCAGGUGGACAACAAGGUAGUCCUCUGGGUAAUGCAGCGGGUGGUGGAUGUCAUGAUGACGUAGAAGCCCAUGUCGACGGAGUUGUUUCUGGAGUUACAGCAGCGAUGGAAGAUCCAGCUUGGCCAUACGACGCAGAAGAUUUGGAGAUCGAUGACUUACCAGUUAUUCUUCGUUCAAUGGUUGGUUUGGGUACCGAACGUUCUGGAAACAUGACAGCAACUGUACAAGAUCGAGCAACAACACGUAAUCGUUUAAAACCGCGGAUGCAAUCGAAAACAAUUUCCACCUUUCAACCACCCACAAGUUUUCCAUCAUCAAAUCGUCGUCAUAUUGGUGGUAUCACAGAUUUAAAUCGACGUAUAACUGAUCUCAAAAUGGAAAGUACACACCAGAAUGGAAAAUCUGGGGUACAAACGACAGACUUACAAUCGAAAUCUCAACUCAAUGGUACAACAACGCAAGCGCAAAUUCGUAGAGAUAGUAAUUCAACGGUUAGUAGUUAUUAUGGCAGCAUGAAAUCGGCGGAUAUGAGUCGAAAGAGUAGUUUGGCGUCACAAGCAUCCGCUCGUCCUACAUUGGGAUCUUUUUACGAUCCAAUAUCAGCGGGUAGUUCACGACGAUCGAGUCAAUUAUCAACUGGAACCAGUGGAGGUACUGUUUUACAUCCAAAUCAUUCGACUCAUACUGUUUCAAAUGUUGUCCCACCGAAUCCUCCAUCACAUUUAUUGGCAAAUCAUCUGCAACGGCUACAAACCACUGGAAAUUUAGUAUUACAAACUCAAAAUACAUCGCUACAUCAAACUGCACUCCAACAACAAUCAAAUGUUUCUUGGUUAGCGAAAAUUGGAGAAAGCAUAUCAAACUCACGAAUGAGUUCAACUACGACAAAUUCAGAAUCACGAAGAAUGUCUGAACCGUGUCACACCAUAACUGAUCGAAAAACACCACCUCCUAGACCAAGUUCUGUGCAAUUAUCCCCGUUAAAAGGUCCUACAGAGGUUCAUCCAAAUCAAGAGGUUGUGCUCGACGAAGUUGGUGAAGGUGAAAUGGUUGAGAACAAAUUGGUUAUCCCCGACGAGAUGGUACACUAUUUAAAUCAAGUUGCUGAUACACACUGUACUACCGAUGGUGUCAUACAAAACUUAAAGACUGAAGAAAUUAGUGAUUGGCAAACGAAUACGAAUCAAAUUGAUGAGACCACAGUUGAUAAUUUCUCACUAAGUCCGUCCAUCAAUUUAUCUCAAAUGUUGCCAAGUCCAGCCCCAUCGUCUAUGUCACAAAUCAUCCAAAAUCCACCUUCAAAUUUGACACAAAUGUUGCCAAGUCCAGCAUCAAAUAUGUCACAAAUGAUGCCAAGUCCUGCAGGACCUUCAAAUUUAAACCAACUGAUGCCAAGUCCAUCUUCAACAUCGAAUCAACUUAUGCAUAGUCCUGCUUCUAACUUGAAUCAAAUGCUACACAGUCCAGCUACGUCCAAUGUAAGUCAAAUGAUGCAUAGUCCAGCCAAUAUACAUCAAGUUCCAUCGAAUUUAUCACAAAUGCUCCCACAAAGUCCAGCUGGAUCGAACUUAAAUCAAAUGCUAGCCAGUCCUGCAUCAAAUAUGAAUUUGGGAAGUCCUGCAUCAAACUUGAAUCAAAUGAUUCCAAGUCCUUCAUCGACUAUCAAUCAAAUGAUUGGAAGCCCAAUGAAUCAUCAAUCGUUGAUGAGUCCUGGAAUGAACCAAAUGAUGCCUGCAAGUCCUGGAAUGAAUCAAAUGAUUCCAAGUCCAGCCACAAAUCAAAAUUCAAUGAUGAAUCAGAUGAUACCUAGUCCGGUGAAUCAGAAUCAAAUGAACAUGAAUCAAAUGGUACCCAGUCCGGCGAAUCCAAGCCAAAUGAACAUGAAUCAAAUGGUUCCCAGUCCGGCAAAUCCGAACCAAAUGAACAUGAAUCAAAUGGUUCCCAGUCCGGUGAACCAGAAUCAAAUGAAUAUGAAUCAAAUGGUUCCCAGUCCUGCAAAUCCGAAUCAAAUGAUGAAUCAGAUGAUUCCCAGUUCGGCAAAUCCGACUCAAAUGAUGAAUCAAAUGAUUCCGAACCAAAUGACAAAUCAAUACCAAAUGAUCUCAAAUCAUCAGUCAAUGAAUCAUCAAAUGAUUCCAAAUCAAUCAGUAAUGUCAACGGCGGCAUCACACCAAAUGAUGACCCAAAAAAUAAAUCAUCCAAAUUCGACACAAAAUAAAAUGUUACAAAGGCAACCAUCUCAACCCCAACAAAUGGGAAUUCCAAAACAAAAUAAUAAUUAUCCACAAGAGUUUUGUAACUGUGGAAACUGUGGUAAUCAACCAAAUCGAUUUAACUCGAAUAAUAUGUGCUACAUGAAACAUCAAAAUCAAUCCAUGUCCAAUCAACAGUAUCCCACGGGACAUCAACAAUACAUGGAUUGUAAUCAACAAAACAAUACGAUGUGUCAAUCGGGAAGAUACUCAAAUAAUAUGUAUCCAAAUUCUCCGUACGAUCCCAAUCAACAGCAGCAGCAACAACAUCGAUGUAUGAACCCAUCGGGAAUGAUGCGACCAAAUUCAUACAACAAUUAUGGAUGUACCAAUAAUCCUCCCCAAUACGUUGGAAAUACUGUCCAUGUCAGUGAACCACCCCCAUUAACUUCACCUGCAAUGGCAACACCAGCUCCAACACAAUCGAUGACGCCUCAACAAGCCGCCCAAAUGUCACGACCGUGUAUGCAACAUUAUUACCAACAACAGCAGCCCCCACAACAAGCGUUUGUACCUUCCCCUGCUCAAACAUGCAAUUGUUUCCCCAAUAAUGAAAUCCAAUGUAAGGAUAUUAGUCAAUCACAACAAACGGUACCAAAUGUUGCACCCCAAAAAGUAGCAACAGAUAAUUGUGGUCCGACAGCCCAAGUUGCGGCACUAACUACGAUGCGACAAGAUGCAUAUCAACGUACACUGGAAUAUGUACAAAAUUGUCAAUCUUGGGUUGAAAAUCCAGAUUUAGUUACAAGUAGUACAGCCACUGGAUUAGGAACGGGGAGUGUAGUUGGUGCAUCGAAAUGUGGAGAUGCGGCUACUGCCUCAAAUAUGGUCAUUAAUGAUAUGACAUCAUCAUUGACGUCACUAUUAGAGGAAAAUCGAUUUUUACAAAUGAUUCAAUAGCAAAACGUUUAAUUAUUUCCUUUGUAUAUAAAAAACAGACUGACCACGCUUUCUACGCUUUCCCCUAAAUUAAAAGACCAGUGAUUUUUUUACCACUUCGAAGAUCAAGUGUCAAAUGCUUGAGGUCAAAAUGACGGGUAAUUUAUGGAAUUAAAUUUGAAAAUUUGAAGGCUAAACGUUCUAGAGUAAAAUUUUCGUACUAAUCGAAAAUUUGUAAGACAAUUAAAACGAAAAAAAAAAUGGCGUAUGUCCCCUCC